ACCCUACUUAUUUGCCGUGGUAACUAAAAUAUUCUUUAUUUAUUUUAAAUUUCAAAAUAAACAAACCUAGAAAAUUAAAUUUGUAUGAACCUUAAAUUUAAAAUUAAGCAGAAACUGAAGUUAAUUUCGAAAAAUCUUAAACAAAUCCCUUGAAAAUGUCAUUUUAGAGUUUAAUACUUCAUUCCUGUUUACAAUUCCAAUCUCAUCGGCAUUUUGAAAUCGUCUCCUCAGCAAAUUAUGGUUUUAUAUUUAAAAGAAAUAUGAAAGAUUCCCUUUUCACAUCACUUAUCUUAAUUAUACUGCAAUUCGCAACUUCAUCGCGUAUAGAAUGCAUUUUUAAAAUGACUAAUUAUCAUGUAUUGGGGAUUGCCUAUACUUGCCAAUUUAAGGACGCCUUGAACAUUACAUCACCUGACAGUUUUUUCAUUUUUUCAUCAACUGGAAAUCAUUUGGACUUAAAAUCUUAUGAUGAUGUUCUAGGACUUAAUGCCAAAAAUAUGAAAAUUCAAUAUUUUCCAAAAGGUCUAGAAUUGAUAUUCAAGAAUCUUAAGGCAAUAGACCUACAAAGAAAUGGACUCAAAGAACUUUAUCAAUCGGACUUAAAGCCAUUUAAAGGUUUAGUUUACCUUGAUUUAGGAGUUAAUGACAUUGAAGUUUUAGAAGAUGGAGUCUUUGACAACAAUCCACACCUCGAAGUUAUUUCUCUUUACAGCAAUAAAAUCUAUCAAAUUGAUUUGCAUGUUUUUGAUUCAUUGAGCAAGCUUAAUUACUUAGUUCUGGAUAAGAAUCGUUGUAUUAACAAAAGUUCGCGAUUUGACUUAUUAGGUGUACAGGAAAUCAUUCAAAAUACUAAGUUUAUGUGUCAAAAUUCAGAGUUCAUGAAAGGACGAUCAAUGAUGCAACGAAGAUGCUCAAAUCAUGAUGAUUCAUCAAGUUUGAAGAUUCAACUUGAAAGCAUUGAAAUUAAUUUACAGAACAGAAUCAGUGAGCUUAAGCAAGUUGUCGAUGAAUUGAAAGAUUGUCGAUGUAAAAUGAAUUUAUAAGAACAAUAAAUGAAUAAACAAUUCAGAGUCGAUUUAAGACUUGUGUUCAAUAAUUCACUUAAAAGCACAAUCAGUUCCUUAUAAGCUGUCGAUUGAAAUCAUUCAUUGAUUAAAAUCCCUGCGAAUAAAAUGAAUAUUUUAAUCUUCAUGUCAUGCAUCAUAUUGUGCUUCGGACCGACUUUGUCUCUGAACCUAGAAUGCACCUUCAAAAAUGAAUAUUUUCUUGGAUUUGGAAAUUUGUACUACUGCGAAUUUACAAGGAACCUAGACAUUAUUUCAUCGGACUCUGCUUACAUUGGCUCAUCAUCUGGAGUCCAUUGGGGAGGCAAAGACAAUGACGAUGUCCUCGGCAUUGACGGAAAAGAUAAAAACAUCAAAUAUUUCCCAAAAGGAUUAAACUUAAUCUUUAGAAAUCUAAAAGCAAUUGAUAUUGAAAGUGGUAAAAUUAUGGACCUUUAUCAGUCCGACUUGCGAUCCUUAUGAAAAAUUAGAAUACCUUGAUCUUGGUAAUAAUGACAUUGAAGUGCUAGAAGAUGGAGUUUUUGACUAUAAUUCAAAACUUAAAGUUAUUUCUUUGUCUGGAAAUAAACUUUAUCAUAUCGAUCCUUAUGUUUUUAAUGGAUUGCGUAGUCUUGAAUAUUUGGUUUUAGAAGGCAACAGGUGCAUUAAUGAGAGUGCCAGAUUUGAUAUUACAGCUGUAAGCAAUAUCAUUCAAAAUACAAAAAGCAUUUGUCAGAAUUCUGAAUUUUUGAAAGGAAGGCUGUUGCAGCAACAGAAAUAUUCGCAUAAUUAAAUUAUAUAUUUUGAAAAUGCUGAUAACAUUUGCUGAUAUAAGCACUGAAGCCUCAUCAGUUAAAUAAACAAUAGCAAACUCUAAAGAGGCGAUUUUAAUAAAAUGAAUGCAAAAUUCAAUCUUCCGGGUGUGUAAAAUAUUACAGAAACUACAAAGACUAGAUGACAACAUUCUGAACUGAUUGACAAAAAAGCAGCUGUGCUUACCUAAAAAUAAACAAUGACGAUGAUGAAAAAAAAAAGAAAAUUGACAUUAAAAAGAUGAGAUAAGAAGGUCACACGAAAGUUCAUAAAAAUCAUAACAAUUUUGUUACGUGAUGAUGUCGCAUGAAACUUGCAAUUAUAUCUCCAUUCACAUUUUUUAUUUCUACAAAAUUGUCCGUUCCCUUCUUAUUUUUAGGUCAAGUUAUAACUGUCACGUGUAUUUAUGAGCAGUGUGGGAGAAAUGUUUCAGAUCCAUUAGACCCAUUGGUAAUUAAACUGUUUUAAUUGCUUCCAAUGAGAUGUAUUUCUUGUAGGAUGUUAUUUGGGUCAUGUGAUGCUUACUUUGACUAAGUGGGUGUGUGUGACUUGCUUGGUAUUAAAGGCGAUCUGAGUUUCAGCAUGAUUUGAUCAGUUGCUUGACUUUCUCAGCUUGAUUCUAUGAAAUGUGACUCACCUACUUACUGUAGCCAUGUUCCUAUAACAUAGGCUAUAAGAAAAGGCUUUCCAUCUGACUCUGUUGCUGGCUCUGUCAUCUGAUUUGCAGUCUAAACCUAAGUGUCGCAAAUUUGACCAGAUUAAACUAGAUUAGACAAUAUUUCACGUCCCUUCACACCAAAUGCGCUUUAUCAACUCCAUAACUUCCUUUCAGCUGACUUUCUUACUUGCAAUUUUCAUUUCUCAUUUGACACUGAAACAAAUUUUUCCUCUUUUUAUUUGUGAGCAAAGUUAUAUCUGCUCGUUCCAUAUAAUCGUGCACAGUCAUGUCUUGGAACAUCACUCGUUAAACAAACCAAGACCAAAAUGCAUUCAUCAUUCAAAUGCGGAGCUGUUAUCAGUCGAGCAGGAAAUUAAUAAAUGUUGAGUUAUAUUGUAAAUUAAAUAGUGUGACCAUUAUAAUGUAGCAAACAGCAAAUAACAUAAAUUUUAUUAUGAGUAGUCAUAAUAUUGGACCUUUAACCAUUAUAUUUUAUCAUAUUUUGUGUUGUCAUGAAUAAAAAUACCAGAAAAUUUGUUUUGACAUUGCUGGAAAUAAAAACUACUAUUUUUCGGAUUAAAUGGGCCAUAAGCUCCUCUCACUUACCGUAUACACAUACUAAAAGCUAUAGGCGUGGAGCAUUCAAUGCCAUUUAGCAAAUAGAAUAGGA